UUGAGGUUAUAAAUUGGGAUUAAUGUAACGGAAAAAACACUUAGUUCAUAAUAACAAUGAGUGAAAACAUAGCUACGAACCUUUUUGAGGCCCAAACGAUACAUGCCGAUCACAAAGACCUUAUUCACGAUGUCGCGUACGACUUCUACGGAGAGAGAAUGGCCACUUGUUCCAGUGAUCAAUACGUAAAGAUAUGGGACACAGACGGGCAUGGAGGCUGGCGGAUGACAGCGAGCUGGAAGGCUCAUCACGGCUCUGUUUGGAAAGUUACAUGGGCCCACCCAGAGUUUGGACAGGUCAUUGCGACUUGCUCCUUUGAUAGAACAGCUGCUAUUUGGGAGGAAGUGGGUGACACCACAGCAACAGGCUCUGAAAAGAGUCUACGUACAUGGCUGAAGCGCUCGAACCUCGUUGAUUCAAGAACUUCAGUAACAGAUGUUAAAUUUGGACCCAAACAUUUAGGUCUGCUUCUAGUUACAUGCUCAGCUGAUGGCAUUAUAAGAAUAUAUGAGGCUCCGGAUGUGAUGAAUUUGGCACAAUGGACCCUCCAGCACGAGAUACCGACGAAAGUUUCAAUUAGUUGCUUAUCAUGGAACCCUUCAUUGUCUAGGGUAGGAAACCCACCAAUGUUGGCAGUAGGCAGUGAUGAACCUAACACAACAAAUGCCUUAGCAUCAGUGCCAUCUGAUAAGAGCACAGCUUGCAAUGGAAAAGUUUUUAUUUAUGAAUACAGUGAAACAUCUCGUCGUUGGACGAGAACGGACUGUCUGUCAUCCGUCCAGGAGCCGGUCAACGACCUCGCCUUCGCUCCCAACCUCGGCCGCUCGUUCCAUCUCCUCGCCGUAGCCGCCAAGGACCUGAGGAUCAUUAAAAUCGAACCACUUUCUGAAUCGUCUAUCUCCGCGAACGGUUUGGGCGUGCGGUUCAAGAGUGAAGUAAUGGCGGCCUUCGACGAGCACUACUCGUGCGUCUGGAGGGUGUCGUGGAACCCCACCGGGACCCUGCUGGCCUCGUCGGGGGACGACAGCUGUGUCAGACUAUGGAAUAUGCAAUACCUGAACCAGUGGAAGUGCGUGGCCGUGUUCAAAAAUGAGACGGUGGGCGGAGACAGCGCGCCCGCCGCCCGCGCGCACACCGCCUACACGCGCCUCGCCGCCAUGGCCAACCCCGCGCACAUGCCCGUGCACUGACGCGACACGAGAUCAAUCACAGCAAGCAGAUAAACAAGGAACAAAACGAUAAAUUAACGCCAUUAACGUGUUUUUGUUUAACUCUUACUCAAAAUGUUUAAACCGAUAAUUCAAAUUGGAUUAUCAAGUUUUAUAUCCGAGAACUAAUUUUAAAGCAGUUUCUGGACGUCGUAUAUUAGAAAGAGACCCGAUUAUAGUCGCGCUCUUUCGAACAUUUUUGCAGUGACGUCAUCAGUCGCACGACAGAGACAACGACAGCUGGUGGUCUUUGUCGAUUUUGACAACACGAAAUUCAUUUGACGCAAACUGCGUCGUAAACGUUUAACGUAUAAAAAUAAUAUUAAUUGUUUUCUAAUUACCAUUUAAGUCUUUAGUGAAUAAGAUGUUUUUUUAAAAUGAAUAAACAU